GGACCAUUCUCCCUGUGUGGGGGACGAAGAGAAAGAUGCGUCCCGCGGAGUGGCGGAGAAAUACCCUACUGCGUUCCUAGAACCAGCCUCUCGAUUUGAGUAGCGCCGUACUGCAAGAAAGCUGGUUGUUAUUCUUACUAAAGAAUAAAAGAACCCUUCGGAGCGACGGCCCCAUGAUAUCCCCUGCGGCCAGUGGUUGCUCCCCGCACGCACGCUGCAGCCGUCCCGUGUGUGGCCAGGCCGUGUGAGCGUGCGUGGAGGCGGCGGUCUGGGGGCUGCGUUACGCCAUGCCUCACAAGAAGAAGAAGCCCUUCAUAGAGAAGAAGAAGGCGGUAACGUUUCACUUAGUGCACAGAAGCCAGAGGGACCCCCUUGCUGCUGAUGAUACCGCCCCGCAGAGGGUCCUGCUGCCUGCCCACAGGAGCCACGAGGAGCAGAGAAGGGAGGAGCAGCGGAAAUACGGAGUCUUUUUUGAUGAUGACUAUGACUAUUUGCAGCAUUUGAAAGAAGCAUCUGGCCCCUCUGAGCUUGUCCCUUCUUUCUGUGGACAGCAAAGCAGAAUUGUCAUCACAAAUGAGGGUCACAUAGAGGAUGAAAUUCAACGAAUUGCUGCUCCAUCUAUUAAAUUGCCUUCCUCGGUAUUUGCCACUGAAUUUGAAGAGGAUGUGGGCCUGCUAAAUAAAGCAGCUCCUGUUUCAGGUACCAUAAAGUCUUGGACCUUUCUGUAGCAGAAGUUGCCAUGU